AAGAAGGGGGAGAACAUGCAAACUCCAAACACACAGGAUGGAGACUGUGAGAGUGAACACGCCCCAUCAGAGGUUUGCUGCCAGGUCUUGGGAGGUGCUGUCAGAUGCAUAUAUAAGCGUCCUGAAAAGACUUCAUCAGAACAUUCAGAGACUCCAAAAGCCAGCAACAUGGUUGAGUGGACAGAUUUCGAGCGCGCUACCAUCCAGGACAUCUUUUCCAAGAUCGACUACAAGUCUGUCGGUCACCAGGCCCUGUCAAGGUGUCUGGUCGUGUACCCAUGGACCCAGAGGUAUUUCGCUAGCUUUGGAAACUUGUACAACGCCGCUGCCAUCGUGGGAAAUCCCAAGGUUGCUGCCCACGGCCUGACGGUAAUGCAAGGGCUGGAGAAAGCGGCGAAGAACCUGGACAACAUUAAGGCCACUUACGCCGAGUUGAGUGUGCUGCACUCUGAACAUCUGCACGUGGAUCCCGAUAACUUCAAGCUGCUGGCUGACUGCAUUACCAUUGUAGUUGCCUCUGUCCUGGGUGCGAGCUUCACAGCUGAAGUGCAGGCAGUUCUGCAGAAGUUCCUGGCUGUCGUAGUGUCUGCACUCGGAAAACAGUACUAUUAAAUGCUAAAUCUGCUUUUUCUGUGUUUUUUGUGUUGAAAUCAAACCUUGUCGUUUAAUGCAAAUAAAUGUUUAAAUAAUCAA